AUGGUUGAAUGGAUGUGGUUACAAAACUCAAGGUUGAACUGGGCAUUGAAGGGUGAUAGGAAUACCAGAUUCUUCCAUGUGAUGGCUAGGAGCAGACAAAGCAAGAAUGAGUUAGUAUCCAUUAUAGGAGGGGAUUCAGUGAUUGAGGAACCUUAUCAUGUGAGGAGGGAAGUAUAUGAUCACUUUAGGAAGCAUUAUGCAGAAGAGUGGGUGGUGAUAAAAGGGGAUGUGAUCAAUUUUAUGAAGGAUUUCCAUAAGAAUGGUAGAUUGGUGAAGGGAUUGAAUAACUCUUUUAUCACUCUUAUUCCUAAAAAGGAGAACCCUGUGGGACUUUCUAAUUUUAGGCCUAUUAGCCUUGUUAGUUCAGUGUAUAAAAUUUUAACCAAGAUAUUGUCAAAAAGGCUAAAGGCAGUGCUUCCUUGUGUUAUCAGUGAAACUCAAAUCAACUUUUCUUGGGGGGAGAAAUAUCCUUGA